UAUAAAUAUAAAAUGUUAAGAAAGUGUUUCGUAUAGUCUACUUUAGAGGAGUUAAUAGUUGAAAACUAUAAAGUCGGCAAAAUGGCUGAUUCUCAGAUUUCCAAUAUCGUACAGGAAAUAUUAAGAGUCGAAGCUGUAGAAGAGGCCUUUAGCACAUUUUUAGUUUACAAACCAGAACAGGAAAAUGAAAGAUUAGCAAUGUAUCAAGAUAAACUUUGUGCAGCCAUGACGGGCUAUAAUGCUGAAAUACAGGAGUCAUUCAUCAGACAGUAUCUGUCGCUGACUGCGGUUCUCGCUAAUAGAUAUAAGAUGAAACAACUGCUAACACUAUUGGAGAAUUUAGUUAAUACCAACAUACUUCAGGCUCGAAUGUUGUGUGAUUGUAUUCUCACAAGUGAGAAGCUUGUGUAUCAAAAUGGCGAUUAUUGGAUUGAAUCUUUUCAUUUAAUAAGGAGAGUUAUUGGAGGUGUAGACUACAAGGGUGUGAGAGAAAUUAUGAAGGGUUGCAGAGAGAAAGCGACAACAUUGCCUGUAAAGUUAAACUCCAGUUCAUUGCCACAGAUGAAAGCUUUGUACAAUGUACUUGAAUAUAUUUUUGAUAGAAACGCGUCGCUUUUACCAGCUUAUUUUAUUGUCACAGAGAUUCAGAAAGAUUAUCCUGAUAAUAACCACUGGCCGCAUUGGAACUUGGCAAAACUCCUUAGCUCCUUUGUGGAAAGUUUUCGGCCAUGCGCUCAAAUGGUUUCAAUCAUUGGCCACUCUCAAAUGCUUCCGGUAAUAGAGUUCUCAGGUUUCGCUGAUCACCUGGUGAACCCCUGGCGACUUAAUCCCAUCACAUUGAAGUUUUCCCUGAAAGGGAAUUUACCCUACGACGAUGAACUCUUAAAGCCUCAAAUAGCGCUUUUGAGGCAUGUACUGGAGCAGCCAUAUUCCAGAGAUAUGCUGUGCUCAAUGCUAGGGCUGCAAAAGCAACACAAGCAGCGUUGUAUAGCUCUCGAAGACCAGCUUGUGGAGCUGAUGAUAUCGCCAAUGGAACGCACCGAGCAAGAGAAUGAGGAUGAGGAAAUGUCUUCCAAUCAUUGGUGCUGGCUACAUCUCUCUUCCCAAGUUAUUUAUUUGAUACUCAUGGGAUUCGCUGACUUUCCCAAUAUAGUUAUGGGGCUGCAUAGCAAACUGCAAGGUCAGGACUCAAAGAAGGGUCGAGACAACUUAAUGUGGGUGCUUCUGCAGUUUAUUUCGGGGAGCAUUCAGAGGAAUCCUCUGGCCAAUUUUCUUCCAAUUAUGAAAUUGUAUGAGCUACUGUACCCAGAGAAAGAACCAUUGCCUGUUCCUGACUGCACAAAGUCUCACUGCACUCAACAGAUGGCGGUUGUCUGCAUUUGGAUGCAUCUUUUGAAGAAAGCUGAAACUGAAAACAAGACGAUGACUAUGCCACAAAAUCUGAAAGUACAAUAUGAGUACUUACAACACCUUAUGACAUCGAACAAUACACCGUCGUUGAUGGGGUCAGAUUUCCGCAUCGCCCUUCUAUGUAACGCUUAUUCCACUAACCAAGAAUACUAUUCUAGACCAAUGGGCAUUAUAAUAGAGACAUUGUUUGGCAAUCAGAAGACAAUGCCGAAUGGAAACCCACCUACUCCAUUGCCUACUGCACCUCUGUCUAUGUGUAUACUAGAUAGUUUAACAUUGCAUUGUAAGAUGUCACUCAUACAUUCCAUAGUUACACAUAUAGCGAAACUGGCGCAGAACAAAUCAAAUAUACCAGGCAGUAAUGUAAUGGCACCGGCCCUAGUAGAAACAUACAGUAGGCUGCUCGUGUAUACAGAAAUAGAAUCUUUAGGAAUCAAAGGAUUUAUAAAUCAGCUCCUACCCAAUGUUUUCAAGUCCCAAGCGUGGGGUAUUCUACACAAUUUACUGGACAUGUUUUCAUACAGAAUACACCACAUACAGCCCCACUAUAGAGUCACACUAUUGUCAAAUAUACACUCCUUGGCUGCGUACCCUCAAGCCAAUCAGACACAGUUACAACUAUGCUUCGAGAGCACAGCUCUCCGUCUUAUCACGAGUCUCGGUAGUUCGGGCAUACAGCUCCAGAUGUCACGGGUGGUGUCUGAGCCCAAGUCGUUAGUGUCGAGCGAGAGUGAGGAGCUCAAUAGAGUGCUGGUGCUAACUCUCGCUAGAGGAAUACAGAUGACUGGUUCCGGUAACGACGGCGCGGCGGUCAAGGAGCUACUGACCACGAUCAUGACCAACACACCGCACAUGUGGUCGCAGCACACGCUGCAGUGCUUCCCGCCCGCGUUGCUAGAGUUCUUCUCGCAGAACCCCGCGCCCAAAGAGAACAAGGCGUUACUGAAGAAAUCUGUGGAAGAGGAAUACCGGAAAUGGACGUCAAUGGCGAACGACAACGACAUAAUAACACACUUCUCCGUGCCCGGGACACCUUUGUUCCUGUGUCUGCUAUGGAAGAUGAUCUUCGAGACCAACAGAAUCAACCCCAUUGCCUUCAAGAUUCUCGAGCGUAUAGGCGCUAGGGCGCUAUCGGCGCAUCUGCGGAAAUUCUGCGACUACUUAGUGUUCGAAGUGACAAACCCCGCCGGUGGGCACAUCAACAAAUGCGUGGAAGCCAUCAACGAUAUCAUAUGGAAGUAUAACAUCGUCACUAUUGACAGGCUGGUGUUGUGCUUGGUUCUGAGACCGAAUCCAGACGCCAACGAGAGUCAAGUGUGUCUGUACAUUAUACAACUGCUGUUACUUAAAGGGUCGGAGCUAAGGAACAGAGCUCAGGACUUCGUCAAAGAGAAUUCCCCAGAACACUGGAAGCAGAAUAAUUGGUACGAAAGACACUCAGCGUUCCAUCGGAAGUACCCAGAGAAGUUUGCCCCGGAGGAAGCGAGCGGGGCCUACAGUGGUACCAUACCCGUGUACCUCAGCAAUGUGUGUCUCCGGUUCAUACCGGUACUAGAUAUCGUAGUGCACAGACAUCUCGAGAUACCACAAGUCAGCAAGAACUUGGAACAGCUUUUGGAACAUCUGGGUUAUUUGUACAAGUUUCAUGAUCGUCCAGUAACCUUUCUAUAUAACACGCUUCACUACUACGAAUCCAAACUUCGAGAUAAGGCGUUAUUGAAGAGGAAACUCGUGAAUGCUGUGCUCGGGUCCCUGAAAGACGUGAGGCCAGCUGGCUGGGCCACCACGGACACCUUCCAAGCGUACCUGCUUAAAAGUGAAGUAGACGCUACAAACUGGACACCAGACAUCAACUACUAUGUCAGCCUGGUGAAUAGAAUGGUUGAUACUAUGACUGGCGAUUCUCAUUUUCCAACGACGGAUUGGCGAUUCAACGAGUACCCGAAUCCCUCCGCGCACUGCCUUUACGUCACAUGCGUGGAGCUCAUGUCGCUACCCCUAGCGCCCAACGUGGUCGGAAACCAAUUAUUGGACGUCGUAACCAAAGGAUUCGUAAUCAUACCUGCACUCAAACUUCAACUCUGGAUCAACGCGAUAGGGGUGAUAAUGGCAGGUCUCCCCGACCCGUAUUGGACGGUGUUGCACGAUAGAGUCUAUGAACAAAUGACUAGUAAUGAGAUGAUGGAAUGGCCGUACCAAUAUACCCCGUUUCAGCUGUUCAAUUUCAAUACGACCACAGGGUGUAUGUUGGAGAAUAAAUACAGCUUGAUAUUAGCUCUGGCUCAUGCUGUUUGGUACCAUGCGGGCGCGGGGCAAAUAACUCAGGUACCCACGUUUGUAAAGGAGAAAUUAUCACCGGAAAUCCGUACAGAAACCCAGUUGAUAUUCCUGUGUAACCUGGUUGGGCCUUACCUACAGAGAUUUAACUCUGAUCUCUCUCGAGCUGUGAUGGAUAUAACCCUAGUACUGUACGAGCUACUGGCACAUAUCGACAAGUUGCAGGCGAACUUGCUCUAUAUAGAUCCCAUAUGUGAUCUACUAUAUCACAUCAAAUACAUGUUCGUUGGCGACACGAUGAAGAACGAAGUGGAGUGUGUGAUACGCAAGUUGCGUCCCGCGCUGCAGAUGCGCCUGCGGUUCAUAACGCAUCUCAACGUAGAGCAGAUCAACACCGCCUAGCAGAGCGACUACUACAGCUAUACGCCGUCCAGCUCGAGCUCCAGCUCCGAGUGACGGGGGCUGUAGUCAUCACCGUCAUCAUCUCGACGUGGGACGUCAUCACCGCCCGGCAGAGCGACUACUACAGCUAUACGCCGUCCAGCUCGAGCUCCAGCUCCGAGUGACGGGGGCUGUAGUCAUCACCGUCAUCACAUCGACGUGGGACGUCAUCACCGCCCGGCAGAGCGACUACUACAGCUAUACGCCGUCAAGC